GAUCAUUAAAAAACUCCUUCCAGAAACGCACGUGCUUGCCAAGAUCCGCCCAGAAGUUCGCGCGAUUGGUUGGUCUUGCAAUGACGUUGUGAGCACGUGGCUUCGAGAUACCGCCUCGAGGAACGAAGAAUUUGACUUGAGUGCCAAAAAAAUAUUGGACACUGUGAGUAACUCCGACAAAACAGUCGCUGGUUUCGGCUCUAAUCUCUCGAACAGAUCAGAGAGCAUCGGUGUAAUCAACCUCAUUGUUCAUUCAAUUAUCAAUAGUGCCGCCGUUUUUCCAUUUUUAAUUUCAUCCAAGUGCUACUCCUAAGAGAUGCAGUGAAAUAUAUAAAAUCAUGCGAUCAAGUUUUAGUGAAGUUUUAUCAUUGUGUAAUCGUGACGAACCGAGUUAUUUUUGAAGUGACGGAUAAUGACUAACUAAAGACUGAUAAGAAUUUAGAUAUAUAACCAUUAAAGAAAUAAUAUGACAGAAAAAGUUACUUCAAAAUAACUUCAAUGCAUAGUAAUAGUCUGAUGAUAUUGAAGAAGCUUUUUGUAAAUUAUUUUAUUGACUAAAAUGUAUGCUACUAAAUAGUGCCUUGAUACAACAAAUUUAAAAUGUCCGAUGAACAGUUAAAAAAAUCUGAUUCGAACGGAACGAGUGACUCUACGGAAAAUCCAAGGAUAUGUUCCUUUAGCAUCGAGAGAUUAUUAGCACCGAGCAACAAAGAUAAAGAAGAGGAUAAAUUUGAACAACAAACUGAAUUAAUCUGUCAGGAAAGCAAUGAAUUGGAAACAGGAAUGCUUGUUGCACCCGAUUCAUCCAUGUCAAUGGCGGAGGAAAUUGAGCUUGACGAUGCUGACAUGGUAUGUUCAACAUCUCCUGAACCAGAGAUGUAUUAUGAAGCAUGCACCAGCAGUAGCGGCGCGAACUCGACCACAAGCGCCGACAGAGAUGUCCAAGAGAGCACAACCACCGCUAUUAGCGAUGACGAAAGGAAGAAGAGACCACGCACGGCGUUCACCGCCGCGCAAAUUAAAUCCUUGGAAGCAGAAUUCGAAAGGAACAAGUACUUGAGCGUGGCAAAGCGACUGCAGCUCAGCAAAAGUUUAAAGCUCACGGAAACGCAAAUAAAGAUAUGGUUUCAAAAUAGACGGACCAAGUGGAAAAGAAAGUACACUAAUGACGUGGAAUUAUUGGCGCAGCAAUAUUACUCGAGUCUAGGAAUUCCAGCACCGCGACCUAUUUUCGUUGGUGAUCGCUUAUGGUUUUUCAAUUACCCGGGGCAACCGCAGCCGGGAGUAUCAUUGCUCCCGCAUCAUUUAACACCGUUGCCAUUACCUCCUGCAUUACCUAUCGUUCAACCACUGCCCAGCAAUUUGUCGAUGAGACAACAAACACCUAUUUUUCAAAAUGUAUCGACUAGUCAUCUCGCGCAUCAUUUUACUCAAAGAUUAGACUUCAAGCAUCACAAUCCUUAGUUAUAGAUAAAUUACUACUAACGGAUACUAUAAAAUAUUAAAUUAAAUUGUUUAAUAUAAUGUUGAAACGGCAUAAAACAAUUAUUGCUACAAACAAUAUUGCUACGUUAUAUCCCAAAAGACCGAUCAUUCGCAUAAAUGAUAACAGUGCCUCAAUCAAAAGAUUAUUUUGCUAUAAAUAUACUUGGCGCCAGACUUACUGCAACUCUUGAUUGAAGAAAAAAAGAAUGUUUUAAGUGUCAUUACAGUUAUGAAUUAUGUGCUACUUAUUAUUAAAUAUAUUACACAGUUAAUUAAAAAAAGAUAUGACACGUAAUGAUAAUGCUCCUUAAUAACAUAUAGAUCAUGCAAAAAAAUAUCACAAAAGUUUUAAUAUAUAAUUUUUGUAAAGGAUAUAAGUAAGGUAAAAAUAAGUUAUGAAUAAAUUUGUACAACUUUCGAGAUUUUUUAUAGAUGCAUUUAUAGUAAGAAUAUAUAAAGCAUACAAAAUAAAAAAUAUCUUAUUAUAAGUGGAUAUAGUAUUCGUGACGCAAUCUUUUUUAAAGAAUACGAACAAAUAGUAACAUUUACAUUCUUAGAUUAGUGAUGUAAAGAAAUGUAAUAAACAAUAGUGCUGUAAGA